AUGGUGUCUGCUGGGCUACAGAUGCUGGGUGCUGCUCUCGCCGUCAUUGGCUGGAUUGGUGCCAUCAUUGUGUGUGCCAUUCCCAUGUGGAAGGUCACGGCUUUCAUCGGCAGCAACAUCGUCACCUCGCAGACCUCAUGGGAAGGAAUCUGGAUGAACUGUGUGGUCCAGAGCACAGGUCAGAUGCAGUGUAAGGUGUACGACUCUAUGCUGGCCCUCAGCUCUGACCUCCAGGCUGCCCGCGCCCUGACCAUCAUCGCCAUCAUAGUGGGCAUCCUUGCUAUCCUGCUCGCCGUUGCAGGUGGCCAAUGCACCAACUGUGUGGAGGAUCCAUCAUCCAAGACCAAGGUGGGCAUCGCAGCUGGAGUGAUGUUCAUUGCAGCUGGCGUUCUCGUCCUGAUUCCUGUCUGCUGGACGGCUCACACCAUCAUCCGAGACUUUUACAACCCUCUGUUGGUCAGCGCUCAGAAGAGAGAGCUGGGUGCUGCACUCUACAUUGGAUGGGGAGCGGGCGCUUUGAUGGUGAUCGGAGGAGCGAUGCUUUGCUGCAACUGCCCCAAGAAGGAUGCAGACUCCUACACUGCCAGGUACUCAGCUGCCAGGUCUGAGGCCUCAGCACCAGCUUCUGGGAAAGAUUACGUCUGA